AUGUCGGCCAGAGCCGCUGCUCAGGCUCCCCUGCAAGAUGCUCAAGUGCCUAGCACGAGCACUGCUGUGGAUGCGCCCAAAGAGAACAUCUUCAUGUUUGUGCCAAACUUGAUUGGUUACGCUCGUGUCUUCCUCGCAAUCGGCUCCCUAAACUACAUGCCCCUCCAUCCGCGAACAUGCGCCCUCCUCUACAGCAUAUCAUGUCUGCUGGACGCCCUCGAUGGCUACGCCGCCCGUGCCUUUGAUCAGUCCACCAAAUUCGGAGCCGUGCUGGACAUGGUGACGGACCGCUGCACCACCACCUGCCUCCUCGUCUUCCUCUCAACCGCCAUGCCGCGCUGGAGCAUGGUCUUCCAACUGCUCAUCAGUCUCGACUUUACCAGCCACUACAUGCACAUGUACGCUACUCUUGCCAUGGGCGGCAGCGGCAGCAGCCACAAGAAGAUUGAUGCAAAGAGGAGCAAGAUCAUGUACUUGUACUACAACAACCGCACCGUCUUGUUCGUGUGCUGUGCUUUGAACGAGCUCUUCUUCAUUGCUCUCUACCUACUCGCCUUCUCUUCGCCCUACCUCAGUCCUUCGCUUUUGCAACCCGCUGGUGAGAGCGCUUCUCUACAGCCUGGUUCGCCAAUCGCGCCNCCUAAGCCUUCGACAAUCUUCUCCAGCCCUUGGUCCGCUGGCGCAAUGGAGAUGGCCAGAGCAAACAAGAUGGAUAGUACCGUCCCGUGGAUCUUGGUCGGCAUCUCUGCUCCCGUAAUGUUGUUCAAGCAGUCGGUCAACGUCAUCCAGAUCGUCAAAGCCAGUCAAUGGCUCGCCCAGGGUGAUCUCGCCGAACGUGCNAAGGCUGGACUGCCCAAGAAGACGCAAUAA